AUGGGGCCCCUGCCACCUUUCUCCCAGGUGACUGCACCUUCAACCCCCACCCCUGACCUACAGCCGAAACCAGAGCCCAUGCACGAGAGAACCCACACCAACAUCUCUAGUUGUCAGUUGCAGCAGCUCACCAAGGUAUGGUAUAAUGACAGCUGCAAGGACAGUCUCGGUGAGGUGCUGGGCUUGGUGCUCGGGAUUCUAAUUAUCCCGAGUGACAAAGUUGGAUUAAGGACCUUUGAAGUCAAAAAUAUCCAAAUUAAAGUGAAGGAUCCCAAUGAAGAUACAGAGUGGAAUGAUGCCUUACGAAGUUUUGGCAUUAUUCCUCCAAAAGAAAAACCAAGGGAUGAGGUUGAAGAAAUGGUCUUGCGUUUAAAGGAAGAAGCUAAAGUUAAACCCUAUGAAAGGAUGAACCUUGCAGAGUUAAAGGAAGCAGAGGAUGAGUUUGAUGAGGAGGAUGAACGUGCUAUUGAAAUGUACAGGUGCAAGCGUCUGGCAGAAUGGCAGGCUUUACAAAGAAAAAGUAAAUUUGGAGAGUUGGCUGAACUCCAAGGAGAUGAGUAUGUAAAGCAAAUUACUUAUGCAGGAGAUGAAAUAUGGGUCAUACUUCAUCUUUAUAGACCUGGCAUACCAAUGUGCAUUUUGAUCAACCAUCAUUUGAGCCAACUAGCUAAGAAGUAUCCAGAAACAAAAUUCAUGAAGGCUAUUGCAAACAUUUGUAUUCCUAACUACCCAGAUAAAUAUUUGCCAACAAUUUUUGUGUAUUUUGAGGGCCGAAUGAAGAGCAGGUUCAUUGGAAUAGAGUGUGGAGCUCCAGAUCUGAAGUUAGAAGAGCUGGAGUGGAAACUAGCAAACACUGGUGCAAUAAAGACACAUUUAGAAGAGAAUCCCAAAAAAAAGGUUGCGGACAUGAUGACAUCAUCAAUACGAGAUUGUUCUGUUCAACAUUGUAAAGAAAGUGACACCCAACAAACUUGAUAUUGACAAUAAAUAUC